CUAUUUGGAGCUUCAUCAUAUUUUUUGGCUAUAUACUAUACAUAUCAAAUCUUAUAAUAGUCAACACAGUUUGCAGCAUCCUCAGUUGUACUUACACACAAAUCAGUCAAAAUGAGUUCGAACACAGGAAUUGAAGCGGAAAUGGCUCGUUUUGAGGAGGAAGUACUCGGUAAUGAUGGACCAGAUAGUAAUGUUCCAGACAUUCCACCUCCACCAUUUAUGCAAUCAAUGGAUCCUCCUAUGCCACCCCAAUUCAAUAGAAGUGACAAUUUCAAUGACCAGCCCUAUUUCAACAAUGGACCUGAUAAAGGCCCAUUCAAUGACAUUCCUAUGAGUGGACCUGGACCGAUGCGAGGACCGGGUCCAAUGCCUGGUCACCAUUCAAGAAUGAUGGGUCCUAGACCGAUGCCAAGAAUGGGACCUGGCCACAUGAUGCCAGGGCCUAUGCCUAUACCAAUGCACGGACCAGGGCCAAUGCAUGGACCAGGGCCAAUGCAUGGGCCAGGACCAAUGUUUGAACCAGGGCCAAUGCAUGGGCCAGGGCCAAUGAGUGGCCCAAGGCCAAUGCCCAUGAUUGGUCCUGGGAUUCCACCAGGAAUGAGGUCUAUUGGGCCUGAAAUGUCGAGUCCCCCAGUCAUUACUGCCCAGCCAAAGGUAUAUGCCGCCCCAGCUAUUAUUAUGAAACCACCACAAGUUGCUAAACGGAAAAGAAAACAUGAAUCAAGUGAAACCACUUCUAAGGAGAAAAAUAUAGAAACUAAGGCUUCAGUGCCUGAAGAACCUAAAGUGAUCCCUCCUCCUGUUCAAACUAUGCCUGUUAUGUCGGAGCCAAAACCUGGUCCUAGUAAUUUCGGAUUUCCAAGAAUGCAAAACCCUACUUCAGGGCCCAUUCCUGCACCACCAAUGCCAUUCAGUCAAGCAACCGCAGCAUCAGGAUAUGAUGCGAUGGCAAAGGUACAAAAGAAAAAAAAGUUUAUAAGAACAGCAGCUGGGCAAUCCUGGGAAGAUGCAACAUUACAAGAAUGGGAUCCAAAUGAUUACAGAUUAUUCUGUGGAGAUUUAGGCAAUGAAGUAACAGAUGACGUUUUAAUGAGAGUUUUUAAUAAAUAUUCAUCUUUUCAAAAAGCUAAAGUAGUUCGAGAAAGGAAUUCAAAGAAAUCAAAGGGAUAUGGUUUUGUCAGUUUCAAAGAUCCAAAUGAUUUCAUUCGUGCUAUGAGAGAAAUGAACGGUAAAUAUGUUGGCAACAGACCAAUAAAAUUAAGAAAAAGUAACUGGAAAGACAGAAAUAUAGAAGUUGUUCGGAAAAAACUAAAAGAAAAGAAGAAACUUGGAUACAAAGUUUGAAAGCAAGAGAUUGAAUUGCGAUCAAUUCUUGUCUGUAGCAUGAGGCCGUCAGCACUGGAACACAAUGAAGGAGCCCUUGGGAUUGAGAUAACAGUGUUUAUUAGCCUAAGGGCUUUAUAUUUAUUUUCCCGGUCUUGUCAAAUCAUCUAGGUUUCGUCUUGUAUUUGUAUUUUGCGAAUAAAUAGACUUUUCGAAACAGA